CAUGAAUGUGUAUGUGUGGGCUGAUGUUGUUUGGGUAUGCCAAUCAAUAGAGCUGCGGCCGUGUAAAUGCGGUCGGAGAUGAUGAAACACUAGACCUAAAUCCAUAUCCGUAAAAUAUACGGGGAAUGGCUUGGAAUAAGUCCUCGACCGCUCCUCGUAUAUCAAAUAAAGCGGCUAUAUGAAAGGAUCUCACAAAAAGAAUGAAAAAUCAAGAUGAAAAAUACCAAGGUAUGGCACAGUUACACCGGACUCAGAAGAGUAUGGACCUAACCUAUAGCUAUUUUUCUCGGGUGAAUCCCCUUGUACUUUGGAUAUGCGUUUUAUGAACAUCCAGCAAUCAUCAAUCCACUCUUUCACGGAGCAAAAAGAAGCAUAUAAUCAGUACUCCUGGUACAUAGGAACGUUCAAACAAAGGCUUCGUUCGGAUACACCAGGCAAUUACACAAGCGGUACUUCGCACAGACAAAUGCUGGGCCGUAUGAUAGGAAAGCAUAUAUGGCUAUACUGCUGAAAAUGUUGGCUUAUGCACAGAGGAAGGUAGUUUGGUUGGGUACAUGCUGGAAUGUCAGAUGCACGUAGCCUGGGUGCCGUUGUCGUUGUGUUGCUUAGCGUAGAUUAAACAUGUAUAUGUAUAUAGCCC